AUCAUUUAUGAUGUUUGGACAGGCUACAUCGUCACCCACACAAGCCAAGCCACGCAGUCUCGCCUCCAGGCGAAGGACCGAGAACAGAGCUUGCACAUCGCCUUUAGGGUCAACACGGGGGUUGUCACCAUGCCUGUCGGUCACCGCCCAGGAUCUCUCCGCCAGGCCAACAAGAAACACAAAGGCAACGCGGGGCACCAAAGUAAGCGGGCCUCCAAAUCCGCUCUUGGAGCGGGACGAGUGGCAAACGAAAGGGGUGAUCCCAAAGCCGGGGUGAAGAGAGCAGCAGAGGCACGAAAACAAAACCGCGCGAAUCACACCGUCCAGAUGCGCAAAAAGAAGCGGGAGGAAAUCUGGCUGCAGAAGAGGCUAGGCUCGGAAGCCGGCCCUCCAAAGCUGUGUGUGUGGGUUUCGUUGUCCACGAUAGCCACCCCUGACACCAUUCAGCAAGGCGUUCUUGACCAGUGUGCCCGCACCAGUGGCGACCCCUCCACUGGAGUUGGCAUGGUUAGCGCUGUCUUCCACCAGUUCAAGCAGCGUGUGACGUUCUUGACACCCGGGCGGGACCUGGCAGCGGUGCUGGAGUUCGCGAAGGUGGCUGAUCUUCUCUUGGUGGUUCUUCCCGUCCAGCAGGGAGCGGACUCGGCUGUAGACGAGGAGGGAGAAAUGAUGAUCACAGCCCUCAAGGCGGCAGGUCUGCCUGCUGUAGUUGGAGUGGUGCAGGGUCUUGACGUUCUCAAGGGCAAAAGACAAUCUGAUAUGAAGAAGUGGGGGCAGCGCUUUUUCGAGACCGAGUUCGCUGGCAAGGCGAAGGCAAUAGACGCUUCCAACUCGAGUCUCUUGGCGCGCACACUCAGUACGACGGCGCCUCGGCGGAUACACUGGCGGGCGAUACGAUCGUACCUCCUCGCGGACAGCACGGAGGUCGUAGCCGAGAGCGGGUCAAGGGGUGACAAGUUUGGCACGCUGCAUGUCCGCGGAUACAUUCGUGGCCGGCCACUUGAUGUCAAUCAAGUGGUCCACGUCGGCGAUGCUGGGCACUUCGGGUUGCGACAAAUCAACAGCGCCGCUGAACCGUUCCCGGUGAAGCCGAAAGACCGCGGUGGAGGGGCUCUGAAGGGGGAAAGUGUAGCACCGAGCGCCGGGGUGGAAGUCUUGGCGAGGGCAGACCCUGGACGCAACGACCUCAGCGUUGAGGCUACCGUAGACAAUCUAGCUGGCGAACAAACGUGGCCGACGGAGCAAGAACUGGCCCAAGCUGGAGGCGAGGAAGAAAUGGACGGGAUGGUGGACCAGAAAGUUAAGGGAAACGACGAAGGGAAGAGCGAUGGUAAAGUAUUACCUCAAGGCUGGUCUGGCUACCAAGCCGAGUGGCUUGAAGGUGCGGGCAGUGUAGAUGGAGAGAACGAGGAGAGCAGUGAUGAAGGGGAAGCAUGGGCGUUCAACGACAAGGACGAUGACGGCGACUCGGUAGAUCCCAUGGAUGCCAGCCUUGACGCGGCCAGACGCCAGGUUUCCGAGAACGAGGACACUCGUUUCCCAGACGAGGUGGAUACACCUGCGGAUCGGUCAGCUCGCGAACGUUUUGCACGUUUUCGGGCGUUGAAGAGCUUCCGAACAAGCCCUUGGGACCCCAAGGAGAGCCUGCCUAAGGACUAUGCGCGGAUUUUUCAGUUUGAGGAUUUCCCUGCCAUGCAGAAAGAUGUCCUCCGUGCCGGUGAAGCGAUGGAGCGCCAGCAAAACCAGAACCUGCUGGAGGUCAAAGAGGGCUCCGAGUUUGGAAGUCGACGGUCUUCGUUUCCUUCCUCUAUGAUUGGAACGUGUGGAGCCGGCAUGGAUGUCGACUCUGGGGCUGGUCAGGAUCUUACUGACCCGUCCGGAGUACUUGCGGCUGAUCAGGACCGCGAAAGCUACGUGCAGGCAGGGCAGUACGUCGAAGUCGUGAUUGAUUCCGUGCCUUUGGACGUUUUGGAGAAAAGGAAAAAGCUGCUUGGGGCCAGGGAUUGGCCUUUGGUUAUGUUCUCACUUUUACGGCAUGAGCACCGCCUCAGUGCCCUGCACUUCAACAUCAACCGCGACGCUCGCUUCGUCGAGCCUAUCCCUUCGAAGGAACCUCUCGUUUUUCAGUGUGGGUUCCGGAGGUGGGAAGCCAGACCAGUAUUCAGUCAAAUCAACUUGAACUGUGACAAGCACAAGUACGAGCGAUUUUUGCGACAGGAUCGAUUCUCAGCGGCAAGCGUGUACGGUCCGACCACGUUUCAACCAUCUCCAGUGUUGGUUUUCAAGGAGGUGGCUGCGACGGGGAGCAACGCAAAACGGACAGUCUUGGUGGCGACAGGGACUCUCCUGGGCGUCGAUCCGGACCGUAUCGUACUCAAGAAGAUAGUGCUGACAGGGUACCCGAUUCGCGUCCGAAAGCGCAAAGCUGUGGUAAAGCACAUGUUCCAUAGACCCGGAGACGUAAAGUGGUUCAAGCCGGCAGAGUUGGUCACCAAGUACGGGCUCACGGGGCAUAUCAAGGAGCCCGUCGGAACGCAUGGGCUAAUGAAGGUCAUUUUCAAUAAGGCGGUCAAGCAAAAUGACACCGUUUGUUUAAAUCUGUACAAGCGGGUGUACCCUAAGAUGGUCGCAGGAGAGGUGGUUGUGCGGUAGGGCGUGUGUGUGUCUCCCGGUUGUUCUGGGCGUUGUUUUCCAGACCCGUUUCGAUUUUGGAU